AUGGAUCUCCUGGGAGCCGUCGCCCUGGUCCUGGUCAUCUGCCUGUCCUACCUCCUGCUCCUCUCCACCUGGCGGCAAAUGCAGGGCCGGGGGGCAAUGCCCCCGGGGCCCACCCCGCUGCCCCUCCUCGGGAACCUGCUGCAGGUCGAGCUCCGCGACAUGCGCAAGUCGCUGAUGAAGAUCAGUGAGCGCUACGGCCCCGUCUACACCCUCCACCUGGGCCCCCGGCGGGUGGUGGUGCUGUGCGGCUACCAGGCGGUGAAGGAGGCCCUGCUGGACCAGGCCGAGGACUUCAGCGGGCGCGGGGAACAAGCCACCUUCAGCUGGCUCUUCGAGGGCUACGGAGUGAUCUUCGCCAACGGGGAGCGGGCGAAGCAGCUGCGCCGGUUCUCCAUCACCACGCUGAGGAACUGCGGGGUGGGGAAGCGAGGCAUCGAGGAGCGGAUCCAGGAGGAGGCUCAUUUCCUGCUGGAAGCCUUGCGGGGCACGAAAGGUUUGCUCUUUGACCCCACCUACUUCCUGAGCCGCACGGUGUCCAACGUCAUCAGCUCCGUGGUCUUCGGGGACCGGUUCGACUACGAGGACAAGGAGUUCCUUUCCCUGCUCCACAUGAUCAAUGAAAGCUUCCGCUUCACUGCCACGGCCUGGGGGCAGCUCUACGAGAUGUUCUCGGACACCAUGCGCUACCUGCCUGGCCCCCAGCGCGCAGCGUUCAAGCAGCUGAAGGGGCUGGAGAAGUUCAUCGAGAGGAAGGUGAAGGCGAACCAGGAGACCCUGGACCCCAGCGCCCCUCGGGAUUUCAUCGACUGCUUCCUGGUCAAAAUGCAGCAGGAAAAGGAAAAUCCUUCCUCCGAGUUUUUCCUGAAGAACAUUGUUCUGACGACGCUCUCUGUCUUCUUCGCCGGGACGGAGACCGUCAGCACCACCCUGCGCUACGGCUUCCUGAUCCUGCUGAAAUACCCGGAGAUCGAAGAAAAGAUCCACGAGGAGAUCGACCGGGUGAUCGGGCGGAACCGCGCCCCGAGCAUGGAGGACCGGAGCCAGAUGCCCUACACCAACGCCGUCAUCCACGAGUUCCAGAGGUUCUGUGACGUCAUCCCCAUGGGCCUGGCGCGCCGGGUGAUCAGGGACACCCAGUUCCGGGGAUACACUAUUCCCAAGGGGACGGAGGUGUACCCGAUGCUGGGAUCCGUGCUGUAUGACCCCACGCAGUUCAGCAGCCCCGACACCUUCGAUCCCAGCCAUUUCUUGGAUGGGAAUGGCCAGUUUAAGAAGAGCGACGCCUUCGUGCCCUUCUCAAUAGGGAAGAGGUAUUGUUUCGGGGAGAUGCUGGCUGUCACGGAACUCUUCCUCUUCCUCACCAGCGUCCUGCAGAACUUCUGCUUCCGCUCCCCCGUGGAGCCCAAAGACAUCGACAUCUCCCCGAAGCUGGUCGGGUUCGCCACCCUGCCCCGCAGCUACGAGAUAUGCCUGGUCCCGCGCUAGCAGCCCCGCGGAGCCAGACGGGAUUUCUGGGGGCAGCCUUGGGGAGGGAGGGGAAGGGAGAAACCUGGGGAUGGGGAAGGAACGACCCGGCCAUGUAUCAUGUUGAGAACUGGCCCCAUCAGAAGAAGGAGCCAAGGGGGUGAAUCUCCUGGGGGAAUCUGGCGGCUGGUUUCCGGCUGCACAAGGGAACGAGAUCUCCCCUAACGAGACACUGUCUCUGAGGGUUCAUCUACACGACACACCUAACUCGACCUAUAGGAGGCCGACUUCCAGCCAUGGUGCAUGUCCACCCUACCCUCACCGGGGCACGUUCCCCCACCUAAGAGGGGCAGUGUGGGGGGCUGAGAGCCUGGUCUCUCCGCCCCUAUGGUAGCUCCCUGCCAGGAGCCCAGCUGCCCCACAGGCUCCCGACCGGCCGUCCCCCUGCUCUGCUCCCCGUUCCCCGCCGGAAGCAGGAGGAAGUCUCCUGGGGCUUCUCAGCCUCCCCCAGCCCACUCCCCUGGCAGGAGCCGGGCAGCCUUGUCCAUUUCACAGCUCCCAAGGCAGGGGCCGCUCGGGCUUCUCACCCCGGCUCCCAGCCGGAAGCAGUGUCCAGCCACCCUGGGGAGCAGGGUUGGGGGGGAGGGACUUUCCUGUCAAUUUCACUGCUCCUCCCAUGAAAUUGGUGAGACAGCCGAUGUAAGGGAGGCAGUGUCUGUGUAGCAGGGCACUUACAUCUGUGGGGCGAAGGCUGGAGUGUGGACACUGACAUAAUGAGAUCGACAUACGCUGCCUUCUGUCGACCUAGCGACGUAGUGUAGACCUGGGCUCAAUCUCUCUCUCUCUCUCACACACACACACACACACAAUUCCAUUCCAAGCAUCUUGCAGAUUGUGAAACGUUGGGGAUCGUUCGAUUUUGUGAAGAUUUUGGGGGGAGGAGGGCAUUUACAAACGGGGAAUUUCAGGGCAAACAAAUCUGUUGCCGGCCGAAUUUCAAAAUGUACAGUAUCUCUCCAACGUCCAAUUUUGGGGCUUAUCAGUUCAGGCUUUUUAGGGGGUGGGGAAAUGAAUUGUGUUAAAAUCCCACAGCUUUAACGGUGAAUUUGGAGGUGAAGGUUUGUGCCAGGCCCCAAACUCGACAGGUUCCCUUUUAAACAGAAACCUUUUCCCAUAGCUGUGCCCUCCGAUUGGCAUAUGGCUUCAGCUGGGGGCGGGCGAUCAUUCACGUGGGGGUAACAGGACUUCUGCUGCUCUCUGCACCGGGAUGAAUCUGACCACACUGGAGUGUGCGUCCAACACUCAGUCACUGUCAGGGCAACCUCCAGUGGUCACCUUUGAAAAUAAAGCUGCCAUGCAA